CGAGACUUGAAAAAUAAUGGUCUAUUAAAUGGACAUCAGGGUUCAGUCAUUUGUAUGUGAUUUAGCUGAAUCACAUACAUUUUAGUCUUUUUCACUUUUGGCAUCGAAUGUCCUCACCUUCAAACGUACAACUGAACGUCUGUCUUGAUUUGUCAAAAUGCCGAGUAACAAGCUGGACAAACCCGAAAAGGUGGAGACCAGCGACAAUGUUAAAGUGGUGGUACGAUGUCGGCCCCUCAAUCAGAAAGAAAAAAUGAUGGGUCACCGUCAGGCUGUGACCGUAGACGAAAUGCGAGGGACAAUAACGGUCAAUAAAUUAGACACUCCCAACGAACCUCCGAAAACAUUCACCUUCGACACGGUGUUUGGGCCAGACAGUAAACAGCUGGAUGUUUAUAAUCUGACCGCAAGACCCAUCAUUGACUCCGUUUUGGAAGGAUAUAACGGAACAAUAUUUGCCUAUGGCCAGACGGGAACGGGAAAGACCUUCACUAUGGAGGGUGUCAGAGCAGUGCCUGAACUUAGAGGAAUCAUUCCAAACUCAUUUGCACAUGUCUUUGGCCACAUUGCCAAAGCAGAGGGUGACACCAGGUUCUUAGUUAGAGUUUCUUACCUGGAAAUUUAUAAUGAAGAAGUGAGGGACUUGCUGGGCAAGGACCAGAUGCAGAGGUUGGAGGUGAAAGAAAGACCAGAUGUCGGAGUAUACAUAAAGGACUUGUCUGGAUAUGUGGUGAAUAACGCAGAUGACAUGGACAGAAUCAUGACGCUUGGCCACAAGAAUCGUUCUGUCGGAGCCACCAACAUGAAUGAGCACAGCUCGCGUUCCCACGCCAUCUUCACCAUCACAAUCGAGUGCAGCGAGAAGGGGAUCGACGGCAAUCAGCAUGUGCGCAUGGGCAAACUCCACCUCGUGGACCUGGCGGGGUCUGAGCGACAGGGUAAGACAGGAGCCACGGGACAGCGGCUGAAAGAGGCCACGAAAAUCAACCUCUCUCUCUCCACCCUGGGCAACGUCAUCUCGGCGCUGGUGGACGGCAAGAGCACCCACGUGCCUUACAGGAACUCCAAACUCACCCGCCUCCUGCAAGACUCUCUGGGAGGAAAUUCCAAGACCAUGAUGUGUGCAAAUAUCGGGCCAGCGGACUACAAUUACGACGAGACCAUCAGCACCUUGCGCUAUGCCAACCGAGCAAAGAACAUCAAGAACAAAGCCAGAAUUAACGAGGACCCCAAGGAUGCCCUCCUGCGUCAGUUCCAGAAGGAAAUCGAAGAGCUCAAGAAGAAACUGGAGGAAGGGGAGGAAAUCUCUGGUUCAGAUGGUAGCGGCUCUGAGGAUAUGGACGAUGGUGAUGGCGAGGGGGGUGAAGGAGGGGAAAAGCGCAGAAAACGCAGAGGCAGUGCCAGCAGCAGUAGUUCUGACUCCGCCUGUUCUGUUAUUCAAAACUCUCUGGAGAAAUCCCAGACUAACCAAACAGGAAAGAAGAAGGUCUCGCCAGACAAGAUGGUGGAGAUGCAGGCGAAGAUUGAGGAGGAGAGAAAGGCCCUGGAGGCCAAGCUAGACAUGGAGGAGGAAGAGAGGAACAAGGCCCGCGCAGAGCUGGAGAAGAGAGAGAAGGAUCUGCUCAAAGCCCAGCAGGAGCACCAGCUGUUGCUGGAGAAGCUGUCGGCGCUUGAGAAGAAGGUGAUAGUGGGCGGGGUGGACCUGCUGGCGAAGGCGGAGGAGCAGGAGAAGCUGCUGGAGGAGUCCAACAACGAGCUGGAGGAGCGGCGGAAAAGAGCCGAGCAGCUGCGCAGGGAGCUGGAGGAGAAGGAGCAAGAGCGCCUUGACAUUGAGGAGAAGUACACUAGUUUACAAGAGGAGGCCCAAGGAAAGACCAAGAAACUGAAGAAAGUGUGGACUAUGCUAAUGGCAGCCAAGUCGGAGAUGGCAGACCUGCAGCAGGAGCAUCACCGUGAGAUCGAGGGGCUUCUCGAGAACAUUCGCCAGCUGAGCCGGGAGCUCCGCCUCCAGAUGCUCAUCAUCGACAACUUUAUCCCGCAGGAGUACCAGGAGAUGAUUGAGAACUAUGUGCACUGGAAUGAAGAUAUUGGGGAAUGGCAAUUGAAAUGUGUGGCGUAUACCGGCAACAACAUGAGGAAGCAAACCCCGGUGCCGGACAAGAAAGAAAAAGAUCCAUUUGAGGUGGACCUCUCCCACGUUUACUUGGCGUAUACAGAAGAGAGCAUGAGGCAGUCGCUCAUGAAGCUGGAGAGGCCGAGGACCUCUAAGAGCGGGAAGUCGAGGCCUAAAACCGGCAGGAGGAAAAGGUCUUCAAAACCUGAGGCUGUGAUUGAAUCCCUUCUGCAAUGAGUGCGCCCCUACUCCUGCGACCUCAACAUGUUACUGAAGAACACUGAGUCUGAUAGGUAAAGGAGAACUCCAGCGAAAAAUAAUAAUUUGAUGUGCAUUAUCAUAUGUAUCAGUUAUUGAGUAUGCAUAAUUGAGUAUUCUGAACUUCAUCCAGAAAGAUGUGAAUAUGACCUUCCUCUAGUCGGUGGUGCCGGCCAGCUUUACCACCAGCCAGAUCUUUUGAUUUUAUUUUGAGAAAUACAAAAUCCCAAUGGUUUUAGCAUGUUUAAUCACUCAACAGCUUAAAGAAUCAUGUAGAAGAACACAAACGUCUUGAAUAUAUCGGUGCAGUUUGUGCACAGUGAUGAUUUCAUUGUUUAGAAAGGGGACUUUCAGCAAGCAAGGUUUGUUAGGAUUGUCUAGCUUUUCCUAGGCCAGCUUGCAUCAUCGAAUGGAGGAAGGUAUCCGGUCCUAACCUUUGUGCCUGAAGGACAUGAUUUGGAAUGGUAAAUUGUGUAUGCGACUAUUUGGUACAUGUAAUAACACAUUGCAUUUUCCUUUUUGACUGGAGUUUACCUUUCAGUACCUUGUGCAGUAUACACAGGGGAAAAAAGACACUGUUCAUGUGUAAGCAUGUCACCCUUGAAUGAUUUUGGUAUUUAUUGUGUAAAGUACUGUAAAGAAAAGAGUUACACGCAGGGCAAGAACUGAAGUCUUAAACUUGUUUUAAGGAAGUUUGAAAUAAAAGGAUUGACCGUUUAGGGGGACCAGUUUAUUGUGUUUCAGUCCUCUUACACAGGAUGAGUAGCUGCUUUAUGUGAUGUGUAAAAACAAGGCAAAGACAGCCUUUUGUCUCUUACUCUGCAGAAUACUGCUCCAACGGUAAAAUCGUUAAAAUAGCUUGUGUGCUUUGACAGUUGCAGAACAGUAAUGUGCAUUGUCUGUAAUAGUACAUUAAAGACCUUAUACAAGGGUCACUCAUUUCGUGUAUAAGAUAUAACAUGCCAGGUGCUGCAAGUAAUGAAAGAUGCUACAUAAAGAAUGAAAAAAGAAAAAUAGAAUUGCAUACAUUUGUUUAGAUUGAAUACCUUCAGUAUGGCUGAGUAGAUGGCAAAGAAAUGAUUUACUCAGAUUACACACACUUCUGCUUUUGUUCAAACCAUUUACUUUUGGGAAUAAAAAAAAACAUUGUCUCCAUUUGGUUCAGUAUAGCAAACUGAAAUAGAAGGACAGGCUGUUGAACAGCAGGGUGUCUCAAGGGUGACUCAUUCAAAACUCUUAAAUUAAUCCAAAGCCUCUGGACAAUAGCAGUGGCAGUGUGACAUUAUGUUGAAAAUAGGAUUCAAAGUGGAUGCAAAUAGUGCUUUCUACUUUAAUUUCACAGAAUUGUGAGGUAGGAUGUGCAUGCUAUACAUUUCCUUUAUGUAGUGCCAAUUGUUCUACAUGGAACACUAACAGCUGAUAUUUUGUGUUCUUUCAUCUUCGCUUUGAUGUUCUGUAGUCUUAACAAAGUUAACUGCUCUACAAAAAUGUAAAUCUUCCUGUAUUGUCAGCAAUCCCCCCAGUUAAGAUAAUAAAUUAUUG